AUGUCCCAACAAAACAACACUCCUGUUUCCUGCGGAUCUUCACUUAUGACCAUCGCUCAAGACAAACAUCACUCAUCUGAGACAGCAGCAGAUGAUUGUUUGUUGCACCUUCUCUCUAUGCCCUUGAUAGUUGGUCCUGAUCAUCAUGUUGUUCUUGUAUCGUCCCCCCCCAUGUUGGAACCGCCAGAAGCGCCUCCGCUAUUUUCCACUUGUGACGAUGACCUCUUUCACUACACCAACAACACGACGAUCCCAGAGAUCUCUGUCGAAAGUUCGUCCAACGACUCAAUCAUGGAGGCAUCCUCGUCAUUCCAUGUACUAGUACGACCAUCAUCAGAAGAACAACAGCCCCCUCAUGAUGAUUUCGAGCCAACGCCCAUCCACCCAAGACUGUCAAACGUGCAUAAUAGUGCAAAGCCUAUGAUCCUCCCAUUCCCAUCACUGACUGGCGCUGUACCACUAACCGAUUUUGCACUUGACCGAUUCAUUGCACAAGAACUCAAGAAUGAAGCCGCCCACACCAAGCAGCAGCAGGAUGCACCUGUAAUCGUCAUCUCCGGCUCCAAGCGUGCCAUGACGCCAACCGAAGAAUCACCACCCAUUACUCUGCGUCCCGCCAAGCGGUCACGUAUUCGUCAGGUAUCCAACAACGACACCAGUGAUGAUGAGGAAGCAAGGGUUCCUCGCUUUCGAAGCCACCAAGAAAAGCAGUGGAAAGACCUCUUUGAUCAGCUCUUGGAGUUCAAAAAGGAGAAGGGACACUGUCUCGUUCCCCAUACCUUUGACGAAAACCCACCGCUCGCACGAUGGGUCAAGCGCCAACGAUACCAGUACAAGUUGAAGCAAGAGAAGAUGGUUUCCACUCUCACAGACGAUCGAAUUUCCCAGUUGGAAAGCGUCGGCUUUGUGUGGGAUUCUCACGCCGUCGCGUGGGGAGAGCAUCGGCUGGACCUGGUGCAAUUCAAAGCCGAUUUUGGCCAUUGCAAUGUUCCUUCUGCUUACGAGAAGAACCCAUCUUUGUCCACAUGGGUGAAGCGCCAAAGACGACAGAAUAAACUAUUUUGGAGUGGCUCAAAGAGCACCAUGACGAUGGAACGAUUCAAUGCCCUAAACAAGCUCGGAUUCAGCUGGGAGAUCAAGACUAGGAAGAACAAGAUCCAAGGAGCCAGACAACAACACGUAUGCACAACGGUACUCCUGCUACCUACAAGCUGA